AUGGAGUAUUUGAGCGAAAUUCCAUGCAUUCAUCGGGAUUUGGCCACGAGAAAUGUGUUGAUUACUGAGAAAAAUAUUUGUCGCGUCGCUGAUUUUGGAUUGGCAAGAAGUGACAGCAAAUCAUAUUACAGAAAAGACUUCGAGAAGCAUAAAAAGGAACUUUUACCGCUACCGUGGAUGAGUCCGGAAUCGAUCGAAAGCGGUUAUUAUACACAAGCAUCUGAUGUUUGGUCAUACGGAAUCCUGUUGUACGAGAUAUUCACCCUUGGUGGCCGUCCAUAUCCGGGAAUUCCAAUCAAGGACAUUUACUUGAGAGUUCGAAAUGGAGAACGAAAUAAACAGCCCGAGUUUGCACACAAAGAUUUAUAUGACUUCAUGUUGAAAUGUUGGGCUGCAAAGACCAAAGAGAGGCCAUUGUUCAAGGAUUGCGUUCAAAAGAUGCGCGAACAUCUCGAAAUGGCAUCACCAGGAAAAACAGAGCAAAUCGAGAGAAAACUCGCGAACGAAAUCAAUCUAAUCAACUCGUAUUCUGAUUGGAGAAAUGCGGCGACUGAAGAGCCACCAAAAAACGCGCCGACUGACGACAAGCGAGAAAUCAAC